GUGAAUGGAAUAGAAUCAGCGCGAGAGAGAAAGAAGGAGGAGGACGGCACAAAUCAACCUGCCUCUUGACUUCAACAGCAGAAUAAGAGCACCAGAAGAGAUCGGGAAGUGUUGGAGGCUUUUUUGUUUUGUUUCUUUUUAUUUGAUUUUAUUUUUGGAGAGAGGAAGAGGACACCAGCUGGGAGGAACUGCUGGAGGAGAAGGAGCCUCGGCGUGGAGAUAGAUAGCAGAAAAAUGCUGUCAUGGGGAGAGAAGGGGAGGGAGUCGGCAGAGAGAAACAGGAUGAAACAAGGCAGGGUCGCGCUCAACUGAAAUGUGGAGGUGGCUCCUUGAUGAAGGCUGCUGGCACUGAGGAGAGCAGACCAACAGACAUGGAAAACAGCUUGAUACAGACAGAACCGCUCCUCCACAGAGGCCAGAGGGUCGGGCUACAGGGAUGAUCCGAUGCGCCUCGCUUCUCUGGAAGAAACAACCAGAUUCAAAUGCACAUCUGGAUGGACCACAGCUUCCAGCGUUCUCGCCUAAAUCCCAGUUGUCACCCAUGACAGUAUCCCCAUUUCACGCCAGCACCACAGGGAAAAGUUGACAGCAGUAGAUUCUGAAGGCAACUUCGCUGGACCGGCUCCGUUUUACUCAGGCACUAUGCAGUCAGAUGACCUCUUCAUCCGCAAGUUUCGCCGGCAGAAUGUCAGGCCUCCCAUCGUCAAUUUUGACCCCAAACGGGAAGCCGGUGUGGUGGAGUGGCCUCCCAGGAGGGAUGGCGAUGGAGCUGAAGCUGACAGCCUCACUCCAAGCCGCGCAGGGCUGAACCUGCGGUCGGUGGGCCGGGGCCACAUCAUGCAGAGGAGUAACAGCGAUGUGACCUUAGGAGACCUGGACUCCUCAGGGAAGACGGGGGCAAAAGUGGUCAGGGCGGCUGGCGAGAGGGCAGGUGCAGGGGCUCAGGGGGACACAGGCGUGCUACUGCACAGGGAAUACGGCAGCUUGUCAUCGCUGGAGAGGCAGAGCCAAGCCCAGGAGCCCAGUGCAGAUGACCAGGGGCCUCUGAGUCCAAACGCUCUCCGCUUCAAAGACCCCUUCUUGCUUUUAGGACUGGGGGGCAACCCUCCAGAGCCUGAUGGAUUCUUUCGAGGUCUCUCCACUUCCACAGCAGACUCCCAAAAACCUGCUAAGCCACCAAAACCUGAAGGUCUCAGUAAGAAGUCCAAACCUACCCCCCCUCCCAUUCCCCAACCCAGUCCGUACGACAACCUUGGAGGAGGAACGUGGGUGAGGAGCUUUGCGCACUAUGACGUUCAGAGCAUCCUGUUUGACCUCAACGAGGUGGCCACCAACAGGGACAGCAUUGGACGUAAAAAGAAUAUCACCUCAGGGGCUUCGGCUGCAUCCCAGCUGCGCCCCCUCACCCAGUCCACCCCUUCCUCGCCAGCACAAGGCGGGGGAGGCGGCGGAGGGAUUGCAGAUGACCCUGAACAGUCGCUGCUGCUGGAUGAAGGUGAUGGCAACGACAACGAGCUCCUCCUCAGCUGCCCUCAUUUCCGCAAUGAGACGGGAGGAGAGGAGCAGGUGGGGCUGUGCCAAUCUUCUGGAAGGAGGGGGCUCUGGUCUAGCCUCCGGACCCCCAACGAUGCAGUUUCUGUCCUGGAGGAGCCCAGAGAGAGUCAUGUCCAACUGCAGGGGAAGAGCAACUACUUCAUUGAGCAUGCAGACCUGGGGGCCCAUUACUAUCGCAAAUAUUUCUACAUGAAAGAACACCAGAACUUUUUUGGUAUAGACGACCGCCUCGGUCCUGUCGCCAUCAGCUUCAGGCGAGAGGAGAAGGAAGGAUCCAGCGGAGCUCAGUACAACUACCGGAUCAUCUUUCGCACUACAGAGAUGAAGACCCUGCGAGGCUCCAUCCUGGAGGAGUCGGUUCCCUCUGCUGCCCGUCACACCACCCCCAGAGGCUUGUCUCCUAAAAGGCUGCUGGAGUUCAUCCUGCCAGAACUCAACCUGCACUGCCUUCGUCUGGCCUCAAACUCCCCCAAAGUGAGGGACACGCUGCUCAAGUUGGACGAGCAGGGGCUGAAUUUUCAGAGAAAGGUGGGUGUGAUGUACUGCCGGGCCGGGCAGAGCUCAGAGGAAGACAUGUACAACAAUGAGAGCUCUGGACCAGCGUUUGAGGAGUUCCUGGAUUUGCUUGGCGAUCGAGUGCGCCUGAAGGGCUGGGAGAAAUAUAGAGCUCAGCUGGAUAACAAGACCGACUCCACAGGAAAACAUUCCCUCUACACGCGCUACCAAGACUACGAAAUUAUGUUCCAUGUCUCUACUAUGCUCCCUUACACCGCCAACAACACACAGCAGCUGCUUCGGAAACGACAUAUUGGAAAUGACAUCGUGACCAUCGUGUUCCAGGAGCCAGGCGCUCUGCCCUUCACCCCGAAGUCCAUCCGCUCCCAUUUCCAGCACGUCUUCAUCAUUGUUCAGGUCCACCAGCCCUGUGCUGAAGAAACCUACUACAGUGUGGCAGUGACGCGCUCCAAAGACAUCCCGUUAUUUGGACCCUUGUUCCCUAAGGGGGCUCGAUUCCCUCGAUCCCUUGCCUUCAGAGACUUCCUCCUAGCAAAAGUAGUAAACGCUGAAAACGCUGCAGAGAAGGCAGAGAAGUUUCGCUCCAUGGCCACGCGUACACGGCAAGAAUACCUGAAGGAUCUGGCUGAGAACUACGUGACCACCACGCCCAUCGACUCCUCCACCAAGUUCCCUCUGCUCUCUCUGGGCAGCAAGCGUAAAGACAAGCUGAAAAGUGCAAAAGGAGCUGAGCUGCACAGUGCCGGAGCGCUGGUGUGGGGGGUGAUGGUCAACAGCAGAGGAGAAGGGGAGGCUGGAGAACACAAGCUGCCCUGUCUGCUGGGGGUGUCGGUGGAGUAUGUGGUGCUCAUUGAGAGGAGCUCCCGUAGGGUGAUGUUUAACUGCUCCUGCCGCGACGUCAUUGGCUGGAAGGUGUUAACUGAGGCUAAGGAGGGGGGGCCCUGCCUGGAUAUCUUCUAUGAGCGGGGGGAAUCCGUGUCCAUAAAUAUGUUGGAGAGUCAGGUUGAGGACUUAAAAGAGGUGGUGCAAAGACUUGAGAUGGUAACACGGGGCUGUGUGGCGCUGGAGGUCACCCCGCUGCGGGACGGAGUGGGCCAGCCCGGCUUCCUGAUGGACGAAGAGGGCUUUGUGACGGAGCUGCAGAGGUUCUGCUACGCCGAGAGCGGAGGCCUGCAGCUCUGGGCCCGUGUGGUGCGGCUCUGCGGACACUCGCUGGUCCACUUGAGUCUGGAGGAGAGGACCCGGCUGCUCCGAACAGCACACAAAAUCCACAUUACUGUUAUCCCACCGGAUGAGAACGGGAAACCUCGCAGGAGUUUCUCUGAGCUCUACCAGAAAGCCAUCAAGGAAACUGAGUGCAAACCAGGCGAGGACCGCUCAGGAGAGGCCUGGGUGCUGGACGACAGGGAGGACCAAGAGAAGGAUGCACAGCCGGAGAAAGACGACGAGUUGAAGAUGAGCGAAGUCAGCGAGGAGGAGACGAUAGACAUGCAGCCAGAGGAGGAGAGGGCAGAAGGGGAGCCGUGUCAGGAGGGCCAAAGCGAGGAAGGCCAAGGCUCGCUCCUCACACCACCCGGUCUCCCAUUGUUGAGGGUCACUUCCCUGCAGGACCCACCAGCCAAUCAGAGCCAGGAGGGCAUCAGCCCACUGCUCCCCCGCAGCCUCUCUUUGGAGAGACAGCUGGACUACACAGAUGAAUGUGACGGACAUGUAUAUGACAAUGUUGCACUGAAGGAUCGGCACAUCUAUGAGAACGUCAGGGAGUUGAGGGACGACACGCCUGAUCUGAUCCUGGCUGUCAAACCGAAAGUUCCCCUGGAGGAGGAGCAGUUCAUGGGAAGUGAGUUUGGUGAUGACAAAGCUUCAGCAAGUGACCCUUCCCUCUCCACGUCCCGGCUGUCGUGUGUGGACCGAGCUGAGAGAAACUCACGAGCCCUCAGCCUUCAUAACUCCAUCACAAAGAUGCUGUCAGAGACCACAGACUCCACUGAGGAGGAGUGGCAGUCCAUAGCUGACCUGGCAACCGCCUGCCGCAGCAUCCUGGAGGCUUUGUCGCGAGAGGACCGCAAAGCCGGAGACCCAUCUCAAGCAGGAGCUGAUCAGACCGACGGCAAACAGAGAGAUUCAAGUGACUCUCCAGGCCACCUGGAGGAAAAGGUGUCGCAGCUGGAGGCGAUGCUGAAGAAGCUGCAGGAUGACCUGCAAAAGGAGAAAGAGGACAAGGCAAUGCUGCAGGCCGAGGUGCAGAGCCUCAGGCAGAACAACCAGCGGCUGCAGGAGGAGUCGCAGAGCACAGUGGCCCGCCUCAUCAAGGUCACCGAGCUGCUGUGCAAUGUCAACAAGCCGUGUUAGCUCCUCUGUUUGCACCCACAAAUCCUCCGCUCCGCACACGUAUUUGGUUUAUGUACAGCUGCAAACACACACGACCACCACAGUCUUUCUGAAACGAUGAUUGCUUGUGUUGGACAACAAAAACCCUGACGGAGAGAAAGAAAAGGGCAUCAUCGGCACGCCGUGAUGCACAAGCUGCUGUGUUGGUGUGCUGGUGUGUGUUCGGAUGUGGAGAUUUGUGUGUAUCUGGCUUCAAAUACUUGACAAAUUCAGCUUAGUAGCACUUGUGUUUAGGCAGUGAAAAUUGUAGUGGUUAAGAAGGAGAGACACUUUAAAGCAUGUUUCAUAUCCAACUGACCGAAUCACACAUUGAUUAUAUCACAAGUAAUAGAUGUAAACUUCUUUCUGUGCCACUCUGACUGUGGAAGGUCUGGAUGUAAAUCUAAGGAGGAUAACAAAUAGUUGAAACUUUUGGCCUAAAGGCUGCCUUCUACUUCAGAUGAACUAAUGAUGCAAACUGACUGGCUCCUUACAGCAAAGUCUGUUGUGUAAGGACAUUAUUUUCUUCUUUAUUCACUUCUCAGAAGUACUGUAAUUAGCAAACUAUCUUUUUCAAAUUAAUAUGUGAACAAGAGGGGCUUAAGCUGGAGUGAAAAGUGAACUGUUUCGCUCUUUUUUUGUUUCUUUUUCCUGGAUGUAUCUUUGAAAAACAGUUGUAAAGGGGGGGAACUGAAGAUUGUCCGUCUCUGUUUGUCAGGGAAGAAUUGCUUCAGCUUGCUCCCCCUUGUUGCUGUAGCUCUUUAAGCCUCACUGUUGUAGCAGCCAUACUGUAGAAGAUCUGCUCAGAACGCCACAAAGGCAGCUUCAUUUUCCACUGGAAGAACAAAUGUGACGCCUUGUGAUAAGGCUUCAAAUCAUGUAUAAAAAUAAUCUUUCAAGUAACGCGUGACUCUUGUUGAUUUUGUGACCUAUAGCUCGUCAUAAACUAGUUUGGAACUCAGUCUGGUUCUUUACCUAACUCCUAAUUUUUUUUCAUUUUUAACUCCCACUCCAAUAAUAUUUCGAUCUUUUGUGUUCCCAGUGGUCUUUUAAUUGUGAUUAUGCAGUUUUUAGGCAACUUUUUUUUUUAACUCUCCUUUCUGCAGAGAAGCUAGAGUUAAAAAGAAAUUACCUUUUAAUUUGUGGGCAGAACUGUGAGCUACCCCCUUUUCCCAUCAUCCAUCUGCACACGCUAAAUACUGAAGGGUAUACUGGAAAUGUGUAAACUGACAUGUAAAACAAAAAGAACUUCUAUUGAAGCAGGGAUUUCAUAACAAUUCAACUCCAGUAUUUAGUUGAAUACCAAACAAAUUAAAUAUUCUAAAUACAAACAAAAUAAUCAAAUCCGGUUGGUAUAAUUUAAAAAAUCGAAACAGAAAAAAUGAUCAAAAUGUAAACAAAGUAUACGCUCUUGGAAGAGGUAGUUUAAGAAAAAAAUGUAUUGUGUUGUUUAAAGGUUUUCUAAGAUAGCAUGUUAAAUAAAUAAAAAAAAUAUUCAACUGGGUUGAAUAAAAUUAAUUUUAGUGUGUCAACAUAACACUAACUCUGUUAAAGUUUUUCAAGGUGAAUUAAAUAUGAAAAGAAGUAGAACUGUUCAUUAGUUUGUGAUGAACAAAACAAAAAGAGCUUUAAGUAUUAAAUCAACGUGAGUCAUGCAAUAAACAAUGUCUUUUAAAAGGUCAGUGAAUCACUUUUUUUAAAUAAGAUUUACUCCAUCAUCGUUUGGUGUUGCUGAAUAAUUAUGGCUAUGAAUGAACUAUGAACAGAUAGUGGAGUUCAGACUACUGUAUUUAAGUGUUUUAAUGUGUGGCUUUGUCUGCAGUCAGUUUUUUCCUCUGGCCUAUAGGUGUGGUAGAGGUAGAUCAAAUCUCACCAUUCCACCCUGUUGUGUGUUUUUUGUGACAGUACUGCACUUUUUUUCCCCCUUGGUUUGGAUUUUUUUAAUGCUAACUCAACACGAGAAGGUGGAUUAGACUUCGUCCCCUCGACACCGCCUUACCUCGUCUCUCUGCAGGGACAGAGCGUGCUCAGAGGUGUCUGACUGCUUCUCCUCAGUGCCAACAACAACAAAAGAAACAAAACAAAAAAGCACGUGCAGCUCUCCUGAAUUUCCCAAAACGCCACAAACAAAACUGAACUCAUUCAAACGGAUGCCAAACGUCACUCAGACUUUCUCUGUUUUUGCUGUACAAAAUUUCUCUUGUAAUGUUCUUUUAGAGUCACUGUGAAUACCCGGUACCAGCAUAUCAAGAUACGAUAUAUACAGAUGAAUUAAUAAAUCAAACCUUUAUUGGUAUGUGAAGAUACUGUAUGUACAGCUGAACUGUUCCAUGUUAGUGCACUGGCUGUGUCCUCCUGUUGCAGAAUGAAUAUGCAGCUCCUCGUUUCAUGUCCUCCACAUCAUGAAGACCUCCUUCAUCUCAACAGGUUGGUGUCAGAAAACCUGUUUGACUGUGUCGUGUAUAUAUAUUAGAUUGUAGGAGGUUGGUUGAGCAUGAGGGGUGCCCAGCAACUUCCACUCCCCCUCCUUCCUCUCUGUACCUGUGCGUGUAUAAAAAAAAAAGUAACUUAUUAAUCACACAAAUGUGUUGUAGCUGUUUGAACAGGUGACGAUGAAAAUGUGAAACUGAACGAGAAAGAAAGAUGGACAGAGUUAGAAAAUCUGCUUCUUUUUUUUAUUGACAGCCAACGUGUCAAAAAGGAUGCCUGAAAUUUAAUGUAACUGAAGAUUCUAUAUUCUAACGCUAAGCUGUCUCAGCUACAACUCUUUGGUAGUCAAUGAGGUCUUAUGACGCCAUUAGCUAUGCCUUAAUGAGUAAAUCUUUCAGAAUGGAUGGUGGUACUGGUCAUAUGGCUGUAUGUAAAGGCUCAUUUCUCUGACUUUGUGCCUACCUGAAAAUGUAAUGUAUGUCAACCCAGCUUAGUGAUUUCAUUCCUUUGCCUUUGGUUGCACUAACUGAGGUUUUGCUGUCAUGAAUACUUUGCAGCAGGUGGGGGAUUUUUCACAAGAGGCCAUGGCAACAGCUGGUCUUUUAUCUGCUGCACACAGAAAAGUCCUGGAGUGCCACGUGAUCUGAAGAUCAGAGAGUAACAAUAGAUGUGUGUUGUUAAUCUUAAGCAUGACUGAGGGUUUACGGUUCAUUGAGUACCACGGAUUGUCAAGAGAACCAACAAAUAUAUGAUUUUUAAAAGAGAAUUAAAAGGAAAUGGUGCGUGAAA